AUGUUGAAAACCGACGAAGAACUUGUGUGCUUCGCUGCUCCAGUUCUGGAAGUUAUUUUUCCGAUCCAACCCUCCACGCGUCUUAUGAAAAUCAAACCCUCCACGUGUCCAAUAGAGAUUGAACCCUCCACAUGUCUUAUGGAAAUCGAACCCUCCACGUGUCCAAUAGAGAUCGAACCCUCCACGUGUCCUAUGGAAAUCGAUCCUUCCACGUGUCCAACAGAAAUCGAACCCUCCACGUGUCCUAUGGAAAUCGAACCCUCCACGUGUCUUAUAGAAAUCAAACCCUCCAGGUGUCUUAUGGAAAUCGAACCCUCCACGUGUCCAAUAGAGAUCGAACCCUCAACGCGUCUUAUGAAAAUCGAACCCUCCACUUGUCCAAUAGAUAUCGAACCUUCCACGUGUCCAAUAGAGAUCGAACCCUCCACGUGUCUUAUAGAAAUCGAACCCUCCACUUGUCCAACAGAGAUCGAACCCUCCACGUGUCCAAUAGAGAUCGAACCCUCCACGUGUCUAAUAGAAAUCGAACCCUCCACGUGUCCAAUAGAGAUCGAACCCUCCACGUGUCUUAUGGAAAUCGAACCCUCCACGUGUCUUAUGGAAAUCGAACCCUCCACGUGUCUUAUGGAAAUCGAACCCUCCACUUGUCCAACAGAGAUCGAACCCUCCACGUGUCCAAUAGAGAUCGAACCCUCCACGUGUCCAAUAGAGAUCGAACCCUCCACGUGUCCAAUAGAGAUCGAACCCUCCACGUGUCUAAUAGAAAUCGAACCCUCCACGUGUCUAAUAGAGAUCGAACCCUCCACGUGUCUUAUAGAAAUCGAACCCUCCACUUGUCCAACAGAGAUCGAACCCUCCACGUGUCCAAUAGAGAUCGAACCCCCACAGAUCGAACCCUCCACGUGUCCAAUAGAGAUCGAACCCUCCACGCGUCUUAUGAAAAUCGAACCCUCCACGUGUCUUUUGGAUAUCGAACCCUCCACGUGUCUUAUGGAAAUCGAACCCUCCACGUGUCCAAUGGAGACCGAACCCUCCACGUGUCUUAUGGAAAUCGAACCCUCCACGUGUCCAACAGAGAUCGAUCCCUCCACGUGUCCAAUAAAGAUCGAAACCUCCACGUGUCUUAAAGAAAUCGAACCCUCCACGUGUCCAAUAGAGAUCGAACCCUCCACGUGUCUUAUGGAAAUCGAACCCUCCACGUGUCCAAUAGAGAUCGAACCCUCCACGUGUCUUAUGGAAAUCGAACCCUCCACUUGUCCAACAGAGAUCGAACCCUCCACGUGUCCAAUAGAGAUCGAACCCUCCACGUGUCCAAUAGAGAUCGAACCCUCCACGUGUCCAAUAGAGAUCGAACCCUCCACGUGUCCAAUACAGAUCGAACCCUCCACGUGUCUUAUGGAAAUCGAACCCUCCACUUGUCCAACAGAGAUCGAACCCUCCACGUGUCCAAUAGAGAUCGAACCCUCCACGUGUCCAAUAGAGAUCGAACCCUCCACGUGUCCAAUAGAGAUCGAACCCUCCACGUGUCUUAUGGAAAUCGAUCCUCCACAUGUCUUAUGGAAAUCGAACCCUACACUUGUCCAACAGAGAUCGAACCCUGCACGUAGAUCGAACCCCCACGUGUCUUAUGGAAAUCGAACCCUCCGAGUGUCCAAUAGAGAUCGAACCCUCCACGUGUUUUAUGGAAAUCGAACCCUCCACGUGUCUUAUGGAAAUCGAACCCUCCACGUGUCCAAUAGAGAUCGAACCCUGCACGUGUCUUAUGGAAAUCGAACCAUCCACGUGUCUAAUAGAGAUCGAACCCCCACGUGUCUUAUGGAAAUCGAACCCUCCGAGUGUCCAAUAGAGAUCGAACCCUCCACGUGUCUUAUGGAAAUCGAACCCUCCACGUGUCUUAUGGAAAUCGAACCCUCCACGUGUCUUAUGGAAAUCGAACCCUCCACGUGUCUUAUGGAAAUCGAACCCUCCACGUGUCUUAUGGAAAUCGAACCCUCCACGUGUCCAACAGAGAUCGAACCCUCCAUGACUCUCAUAGAAAUCGCACCCCCCCCCCCACCCCCCAUGUCUUAUGCAGACGGGACCGAGCGCGGGACAGAAAGCACCUGUUCUCCACGUUGGACGGCGCUGUCAGUCUCUAUGGAAUCCCAUUAUUUCAAGGGGAAAUAA